AUGGAAAGUGAUCAGGGCAGUUUGCAGCCAUGGACCAUAGCUACCGUGGCCUCGGUCACAGUGCUGGCAUUCGUGACUGUGUGUCUUCGACUACUCGCUCGUUAUGAAAGAGGGCAAAAGCUAUGGUGGGAUGACUAUAUGAUCAUUUUCUCUAUGCUAUGGAACUUCAUUGUUGUUGGGUUCAUCUACGCCAUGGUCCACAAGGGAAUGGGACUCCACGCAGAUACUUUGCCAACGGGGGACGUGGUGAUGAUUGCAAAGUACCUUGUCGUGGCCGAGGUUCUCUAUGUGUUCAACCUCGUUUGGACCAAACUGAGCAUUCUGCUCAUGUACUACCGGAUUUUCCGCUUCCCUUACUUCAAGACAUGGGCAUACAUCAUCGGAACCUUCGUCGUCCUUUGGGUUAUCUGUAUCACCUUCCUUUUCAUCUUCAUUUGCGUGCCCGUCCAGAAGCUAUGGUAUCCCCAGACCCCAGGGCGGUGCAUCAACCAAGUUGGCACAUGGGUUGCAAACGCCGUCUCAACGAUCGCAACCGACGUUGCCAUUCUAAUCCUUCCAAUCCCACAAGUGUGGAAGCUGCAACUUCGAAUCUCGGAAAAGAUAGCCGUGUUAAUUGCCUUCAGCCUGGGAUUCUUCGUGGUCUUCGCCUCCGCCUAUCGUUUCUCCGUCCUUUUCAGCUACAGCGCGUUAGAUUCAUCCUACACUCUCGCCCCAACAGUUGGCUGGACCGCUAUCGAAAUGUCCGCCGGCAUCAUUUCAGCCAAUCUCCCAACCCUCCGCCCUGCCCUCCGCUUCAUAGCACGCAUGCUGGGUGUCGACGGCAGUGUCAUGGGUCUCUUUAGAAGCACAAAUGGAACAAGGACCAAAACCACGAACGGGGUCACCGAGCCUUCACAGACCGUGGAGAGUACAGCCGCUAUCAUCCAACACUCAAAGCAUUCGAAUCGUCAUUCUUUCUAUCACUUACCAGAUGAUUCGGACUCGGUGUCUGAACAGACUCGUAUGGAUGCUGCGUUCAGGCCUAGCUAUGAUCGCGCGAAAACGUACACUAAUGUGAAGGGUCAGAAGGUUAGUGGUCGUCGCUCUGAUGAGGAUCAGAUUCCCCUCUCUGAGAUCAGAGUGGAUAAGGAGUUUACGCAGACUACUACUGGCUGA